AGGAAGAGGAGGACCCCGCCAUGUUCUCUAACUUUCUAAGCGGGGCAAACCCCCUCAGCUCUGUCUCCUCUGCUGUCAGAGGAGGUCUUUUUGGAGACAAUGGGGAGGUGGACAAACAGAAAGCAGGCCCUCAGCAUCCUGGGUCAGGCCCUGUUCAUGGCCCUGGGAAGGCCCCACAGCAGAAACAGGGAGGACCCCAGCUGCAGGGGAACGGUCAGGCUGGUCAAGCAGCCAAACCUAGCGGGCAGCAAGCCCCCGCUAAGGUUGGACCACAACAGCAAGGACCUCCUAAGGGUGGACCACAACAGCAAGCCCCUCAACAGCAAGGACCUGCAAAAGGUGGACCACAACAGCAAACCCCCCAACAGCAAGCCCCUGCUAAGGGUGGACCACAACAGCAAGCCCCCCAACUACAAGUCCAUGCUAGGGGUGGAUCACAACCGCAAGCACCUGCUAAAGGUGGACCGCAACAACAAGGGUCACCUAAGGUUGGCGCUCAGCCACAAGGGUCCCCCAAGGGUGGACCACAACAGCAAGGAUCUGCUAAAGAUGGACCCCAACAGCAAGGUUCACCUAAAGUUGGAGCUCUGCCACAAACUCCUAAGGGACCACAACAGCAAGGACCUGCUAAGGGUGGACCCCAACAUCAAGGGUCCCCUAAGGUUGGAGCUCAGCCACAAGGGUUGCCUAAGGUUGUAGCUCAGCCACAAGGGUCCCCUAAGAUUGGCACUCAGCAGAAGGGGUCCCCCAGGACUACACCACAGCAGCAGGCCGCUGGUAAAGCUUUGCCUCAGUCUAAAGCUGGACCUAUGGCUGGAGCUAAACCCCUGUGCCCAGUGUGUAACACUACUGGACUCAACCUACACUCCAAGGAGCCACCCAACCAUAACACCUGCACACAGUGUAAGACUGUCGUCUGCAGCUUGUGUGGCUUCAGUCCUCCUGACUCUGGCGGUAAGGAGUGGCUGUGUCUGACCUGUCAGAUGCAAAGAGCACUCGGAGGCUCUGACCCACCUGGAACCCCCAAGAUGAAACUCCAGCCUUCACCCAACAAAGCCUCUAUAUCUCCUGCACCACAGAAGAAAGACACCUCUACACCAGGCUCCCCCCAGAGAAAACCUGCUACAUCAGCAACACAGCCACUCAAGGCAGAGGCUGCUAGAGCAGCAGACCCUCACAAACCGGCCAGCCCAGCGCCUGCUCAGAAGGCACCACAGGAGAACCGGAGAACAUCAGGGCCUCAGAAACCACCAGAGCAGCCAGGCCAACCUGGUCAUGAGCAGAGUAAUGCCACCCCGUCCACACAGCAGGUGCCUGGGAAGCCUCAGCAACAACCUCCAAAAGGUGGGACAUCUCCUGCCAAAGCUGUGCCACCACUACAGUCCCAGCCCCCCAAGCAGGAGUCAGGGGGCUUCUUUGGUGGCUUUGGUGGUCCUAAAUCUCAGUCUACCUCAAAGCCUGAAGAUUCAGUGUCUGGGAAGAUGUUUGGCUUUGGCUCCUCCAUCUUCAGCUCUGCAUCCACUUUGAUCACCUCAGCUGUUCAGGAUGAGCCCCAUGUCACACCACCAGCUUCCCCCAAGGUGUCUGGAGCAGCCCAGGCCUCUCCCAAGAUGCCCCCUGUAAAGGAGACCAAACCACCUGCUGCUCAGAAAGCAGAGGAGAAAAAAGCAGAGCAACCCCAGCAGGCUGCAGUCACCCCAUCAGUACAGGCCAAAGUGGACAAACCCCUAUCAGAGCCUCCAAAGGGAGCAGCAUCUUCCCAACCAGCUCCCAAAGCAGGCCAGUCCACCUGUCCGCUUUGCAAGGUGGACCUCAACAUGGACUCCAAGGACCUUCCCAACUACAACACCUGCACCGAAUGCAAGAACACUGUCUGCAACCUCUGUGGAUUUAACCCCAUGACAAAUGUUACUGAGGUGAAGGAGUGGCUGUGUCUGAACUGCCAGAUGAAGAGAAUGGAACCCCCAGGACCUCCCAUGAUGAAACCCCAACCCUCUCCAAAUAAAGGUUCUGCACCUCAGAAGGCCACUGUCACACCCAUCGCCACCCAAAAGAAAGACACUCCAACACCAGGCUCUCCCCAGAGAAAACCUGCUACAUCAGCAACACAGCCACUCAAGGCAGAGGCUGCUAGAGCAGCAGACCCUCACAAACCGGCCAGCCCAGCGCCUGCUCAGAAGGCACCACAGGAGAACCGGGGAACAUCAGUGCCUCAGAAACCACCAGAGCAGCCAGGCCAACCUGGUCAUGAGCAGAGUAAUGCCACCCCGUCCACACAGCAGGUGCCUGGGAAGCCUCAGCAACAACCUCCAAAAGGUGGGACAUCUCCUGCCAAAGCUGUGCCACCACUACAGUCCCAGCCCCCCAAGCAGGAGUCAGGGGGCUUCUUUGGUGGCUUUGGUGGUCCUAAAUCUCAGUCUACCUCAAAGCCUGAAGAUUCAGUGUCUGGGAAGAUGUUUGGCUUUGGCUCCUCCAUCUUCAGCUCUGCAUCCACUUUGAUCACCUCAGCUGUUCAGGAUGAGCCCCACAUCACACCACCAGCUUCCCCCAAGGUGUCUGCAGCAGCCCAGGCCUCUCCUAAGAUGCCCCCUGUAAAGGAGACCAAACCACCUGCUGCUCAGAAAGCGGAGAAGAAAGCAGAGCAACCCCAGCAGGCUGCAGUCCCCCCAUCAGUACAGGCCAAAGUGGACAAACCCCCAUCAGAGCCUCCAAAGGGAGCAGCAUCCUCCCAACCAGCUCCCAAAGCAGGACAGUCCACCUGCCCACUCUGCAAGGUGGAACUCAACAUGGCCUCCAAAGACCCUCCCAACUACAACACCUGUACCGAAUGCAAGAACACGUUCUGCAACCUCUGUGGAUUCAACCCCAUGCCAAAUGUUACUGAGGUGAAGGAAUGGCUGUGUCUGAACUGCCAGAUGCACAGAGCACUUGGAGGAAUGGAACCUCAAGGACCUACCAUGAUGAAACCUAAGCCUUCCCCCAACAAAGACUCUGCUCCUGCUGCUUCUCAAAAGAGAGACACUCCAACACCAUCUGGUCCCCCAAAAGUAGCCACUGCACCAGCCUUACCCAAAAAGGAGCCAGUGACUCCAGCCUCCCAGCCUGUCCCCUCAAAACCUGAAGAGUCAGUGUCUGGAAAGGUGUUUGGCUUUGGUUCCUCCAUUUUCAGCUCUGCAUCCACUUUGAUCACCUCAACUGUUCAGGACGAGCCCCACACCACACUGCCAGCUUCCCCCAAGGUGUCUGCACCUGUUGCACCUCAAAAGAAGGAAACUCCCACACCAACUGGUGCCCAAAAAGGUGCAUCAACACCAGCAUCACCCAAAAAAGAGGCUCAAACACCAGCCACAGCCCCAAAGAAGGACAUCCCAAUGCCAGGCUCCCCCCAGAGAAAGCCAGACUCCCCCGCAAUGACUGCAAAGCAGGACCAGAAAUCUGCAGGUCCUCUAAAUCCAGGAGACCCAUCAGGGGCUAAGCAGGGGAGUGCUGCACAACCACAGCAGCAGCCCCCACAGCAGAAGACUCCACAAGUCCAGCCUCAGCAGACCCCAGCAAGUGCACUGAAAGCAGAGCCUGGGAAGCCUCAGCAACAGCCUCCUAAAGUUGGAACCUCUCCAGGACCUGCUCAGAAGGCACCACAGGAGAACCGGAGAACAUCAGAACCUCAGAAACCACCACAGCAGCCCAGCCUUGGGCGUAGGCAGAGUAGUGCCAUUCCAUCAAUACAACAACACCCCAAGCAGGAGUCAGGAGGCUUCUUUGGCUUUGGUGGUCCCAAAUCUCAGUCUAACCCCUCAAAGCCUGAAGAGUCAGUGUCUGGGAAGAUGUUUGGCUUUGGCUCCUCCAUCUUCAGCUCUGCAUCCACUUUGAUCACUUCAGCUGUUCAGGACGAGCCCCACACCACUCUGCCAGCUUCCCCCAAGGUGUCUGCACCGGCCUCUCCCAAGAUGCCCCCUGCAAAGGAGACCAAGCAACCUGCUGCUCAGAAAGCAGAGGAGAAGAAAGCAGAGCAACCCCAGCAGGCCAAGGUCCCCCCAUCAAUACAGGCCAAAGUGGACCAACCCCCAUCAGAGCCUCAAAAGGGAGCAGCAUCCUCCCAACCAGCACCCAAAGCAGGCCAGUCCACUUGUCCACUCUGCAAGGUGGACCUCAACAUGGACUCCAAGGACUCUCCCAACUACAACACCUGCACCGAAUGCAAGAACACUGUCUGCAACCUCUGUGGAUUUAACCCCAUGCCACAUGUUACAGAGGUGAAGGAAUGGCUGUGUCUGAACUGCCAGAUGCAGAGAGCACUUGGAGGAAUGGAACACCCAGAACCUCCCAUGAUGAAACCCCAUCCCUCGCUCAGCAAAGUUUCUACACCUGUUGCACCUCAAAAGGAGACUCCGGCAUCUCAAAAGGAAAAGGCGACUGCCAUACCUGCUGUAGCUCAGAAGAAGGCCGCCUCCACACUCCAAAAAGAGGAGACAACCACACUUGCUGCACCACAAAAAGAGACUCCAUUACCAGCCUCAUCCAAAAUGGGGGAGACAUCAGUUACAGCUAUAAAGCAGGACACUCCAACACCAGAGUCACCACAAAUGAAAAGGGAUCCUACACCACCAGGUGUGUCUGUAACAGAUGAGGUCCCAACCACAGCUUUACCUGUGAAGAAGGAGGUUUCUGCCUCUGCCCUUAUCAAGGAGGAACCAACUCCUGCCUCAGCUCUCACCAAGGUGGGACCAACUUCUGCCUCCCCUCUCAUCAAGGAGGCACCAACUCCUGUCUCAGCUCUCACCAAGGAGGCACCAACUCCUGCCUCAGCUCUCACCAAGGAGGUCCCUGUUUCACUUCUCACUAAGGAGGCACCAGCCCCAGCCUCACCUCAAAAUAAUAAGGAACCUAUACUACCAGGGUCACAAGACAGAAAGGUGGCCCCAACACCAGGUUCAACCCAAGAUAACGAGGCUGUACAAUCAGGUUUACCUCUGAAGAUGGAAGCACCACCUUCGAAAGCAGUAGAGACUAAAGAGGUCCAACUUCCAGCUGCAAUACAAAGCAAUGAGGCACCUGUUCCAGAUUCACUCAAAACAAAAGAGAAUACAACAGUUGACUCCACACUGAAAAAAGAGGCUUCAUCUACAGAGAUCUCAAUUGACAACCAGAAACCUGCAAUUGUUCAAAAGUCGAUGGAGCCACCAGCCACACCUACAAACAAGCAGAAUGAGGCUGUUCAACCCUUACAGCAGCCAGAAAAGCAAAUGCCUGCGCAGGAACAGCCAGCUACACAACCUCCGGCACAAGUACAGCCCCAGGAAGCUCCAAAGCCAGAUCCCAAAAUCACUCCCCCAAAGCAGGAGCUUGGGAAACCAGCCAGCCCAGCAUCUGCUCAGAAGGCACCAGAGAACCGGAGAACAUCAGAACCUCAGACACCACCACAGCAGCCCAGCCAGCCUGGGCGUAGGCAGAGUAGUGCCAUUCCAUCCACACAGCAACACCCCAAGCAGGAGUCAGGAGGCUUCUUUGGCUUUGGUGGUCCUAAAUCUCAGUCUACCCCCUCAAAGCCCGAAGAGUCAGUUUCUGGGAAGAUGUUUGGCUUUGGCUCCUCCAUCUUCAGCUCUGCAUCCACUUUGAUCACUUCAGCUGUUCAUGACGAGUCCCGCACCACACCGCCAGCUUCCCCCAAGGUGUCUGCACCGGCCUCUCCCAAGAUUCCCCCUGGAAAGGAGACCAAACCACCUGCUGCUCAGAAAGCAGAGGAGAAGAAAGGAGAGCAACACCAACAGGCCAAGGUCCCCCCAUUAUUACAAGCCAAAGUGGACAAACCCCCAUCAGAGCCUCCAAAGGGAGCAGCAUCCUCCCAACCAGCUCCCAAAGCAGGCCAGUCCACCUGUCCACUCUGCAAGGUGGAACUCAACAUGGGCUCCAAGGACCCUCCCAACUACAACACCUGCACCGAAUGCAAGAACACGUUCUGCAACCUCUGUGGAUUCAACCCCAUGCCACAUGAAACAGAGGUAAAGGAAUGGCUGUGUCUGAACUGCCAGAUGCAGAGAGCACUUGGAGGAAUGGAACCCACAGGACCGCUGAUGAUUAAACCCCAACCCUUGCCCAGCAAAGUCUCCACACCUGUUGCAUCUCAAAAGCUGACCCCAGCACCAGCUAAACCCCAAAAUGAGGAGAUUCCAGUACCUGUGGCUGCCCAAAAAGAGAGAACUCCACCCACUGUACCUCAGGAGACACUAAUACCCGCUGGAACCCCAUCAACAGGUGCAGUCAAAAAGGAGGAGACCCCAGCACCAGCAUCCUCACAAAACAAACAGGCUCCACCUGCUGUGGCUGCAAAGGACAACCAGGAACCUAUAAUUGUUCAGAAACCAGUGGACCAAAUAAUUCCAGCGACACCCAAACCCAGUGUAGCUGCUACACCUGCACAGCAGCCAGAAAAGCAAACUCCUCCACUGCAACAGCCUGCUGCAAAGCCCCCACCACAAGUACAGCCCCAGCAAGUUCCAAAGCCAAACCCCAAAACUGAGCAGGAGCCUGGAAAGCCUCAACAACAGCUUCCAAAAGGUGGGACCUCUCCUGCCAAAGCUGUACUGCAACCACAGGCCCAGCCCCCAAAGCAGUCAGGGGUCUUCUUUGGCUUUGGUGGUCCUAAGUCUCAGCCUGCUGCCUCAAAGCCUGAAGGGUCAGUUUCUGGGAAGAUGUUUGGCUUUGGCUCCUCCAUCUUCAGCUCUGCAUCCACUUUGAUCACCUCAGCUGUUCAGGACGAGCCCCGCAACACACCGCCAGAUUCCCCCAAGGUGUCUGCACCGGCCUCUCACAAGAUGCCCCCUGCAAAGGAGACCAAACCACCUGCUGCUCAGAAAGCACAGAAGAAGAAAGCAGAGCAACCCCAGCAGGCGAAGGCCACCCCAUUAUUACAGGGCAAAGUUGACCAACCCCCAUUAGAACUUCCAAAGGGAGCAGCAUCUUCCCAACCAGCUCUCAAAGCAGGCCAGUCCACCUGUCCACUCUGCAAGGUGGAACUCAACAUGGGCUCCAAGGACUCUCCCAACUACAACACCUGCACCGAAUGCAAGAACACUGUCUGCAACCGCUGUGGAUUUAACCCCAUGCCACAUGAAACAGAGGAAUGGCUGUGUCUGAACUGCCAGACACAGAGAGCUCUGUCUGGUCAACUGGGAGGCAUGGGGAAGAUGGCCCAGCCACAGCUCACUAAGACUGGUGCCCAGCCCACACCACAGCCAACUAAGACUGGUGCCCAGCCCACACCACAGCCUGCAGCCACUUCCACCAAGACUGAGCCCCAGGCUCCAGCAGCAACCACAACCAAGGCCAAGGCUGUUCCUCUCACAUCAGAGCCCAUUCCACCCACACCAACAACUGCCCUUGCACAAAAGGAGCUGGAGCCAAAGGUGGAAGUCCCAGAGGCUGAAGCUCCCAAGGCAGUCGCCAAGGCUGAGGCUCCAAAGACAGAAGUUCUCAAGUUGAAGAUCGCCAAGGCAGAGGCACCAAAUAUUUUUCCUACAACUGAGCUGCCCAAACCUGUACCACCUAAAUCUGAACCACCCAAGACUGAGGCUCCAGCAGUAGCUGCUCAUGUUGUCUCUGUCUCAGUAACUGAUGCCAUGACUGCUCUUGCUCCGCUAUCCACCACAGUUUCUACUGCCAUUGCUGUCACUCCAGCCACUGUGGAGAAGAAGCCAGAGGCUAAAUCUCAACCAGCAGAGCUACCUAAACCAGCAGAGGAGAAGGUUGAGAAGCCACUGAAGCAACAGGAACCACUACCUGUCACAGUGGCUGAGAGGGUAACUCCACAACCAGACCCAACAGCUGAUACUAUCAAGGAAGUGGCCACUCCAUUGGCUGGAAAGGUGGAUGAUGUCCUUCCUGAACCUCAGCAGAUUCUCACUGAGAAGGACACUGUGGAGGAGGGGAAAGAGUCAACUGCAGCCUCCCACCUAGUGGACCAGGUAGUAGUUGAGGUACAGUCCAGCCCAACCAGUCCAUUUGAGGCUGACACCAAGACUGAGGACCAUAGUAACAAGUCCCAGGAUGGACCAGAUAUACUUCCCAUCUCACAGGGCUCUUACACCUCCGAGGAGGAGCUGAAGGAGGUGCAGACAGUCAGAAAGGAAGAGGUGAAUGGGGAGAUGAGGCAUCUGAAUUACGUGCCGAUGGAGGAGAGCAGUGGAAGCGAACCCUCUCCCUCGCCCCAGCUCCAGAGACGGAGGUUAAGUGCGGUAGCGGUCAGCACGGCAGCGUCGUCCAGCAGCGAGGACUACAAAGCAGACAGCCCAGCAGUCAGCCCAGACUCAUCUGUGGAUGAGGAGGAGUUCAUCCGCAGGCAGAUCAUGGGAAUGACAGGAGAGGAGGAGAUGUCUCUCUCAGAGGAGGAAAAAGAGGAGAAAGAGUGCAGAGAGGAGGAGACCAAGGAGGCCGAGGUGGAUAACACAUCAGGCAAAUCCAAACCUCUGCUAAAGAAAGGCAGUAUGGAUAAUGAAGACAGCCCAGCCAGGAGACCAUCUCUUCCAGGAUCUGAGGCUAAAACCACUGUAGAUAGUACUGAACUCACUGAGCUCACCACUGUGUUUAAGAAAGCCAUGACGCGGCAGAGAACAAAGAGCACGGACAAUGGGGAUGCUGAGGUGGAGAGCAUCACAGAGUCUCUGGAGGACAAGUCCAAAGGUGAGGGGUCAUCCAGUGUCCAGGUGUCCAGCUUCACCCCUGGAACCUCCCCCACCUCAGCCUCUUCUCUGGAGGAGGACAGCGACAGCAGCCCCAGUCACAAGAGGAGUGGGGAGGGGAAACAGCACCGCAAGGCCAAGCACAGGCAGGCUGGCCAGUCCCUCCCCACCAUCAAGGACUCGUCAGAGGAGGAGGAGGAGCUCAGGGAAGAGGAAGAUCACCUCAGGGAGCAGGAGAAACAGAAGGAAUCGGACCAGCAGCAGGGGAAGAGGAGCUCUAAGAAGUCCAAGAGGGAUAAAGAUGAACUACGGACUCAGAGGAAAUGGGAUCACCCUGUAACCUCGCUCAGUAACCUGUCUCCUUUUGAAAAUGCCUCGCCCACUGAGGAGGUGAGGCAGGCUAGAGAGAUGGAAGUGCUUCAGAAAACCUCAGGCUCUGACUAUUCUCCUAGCAUGGAGUCUGAUUCAGAGGCGUUUCACACAGAGGCCAAGAUAGCUGUUCCAAAAGGACAGAAGUUCAGUACUGCAAAGCCACUAAAGAGUGCAGAGGAGGCAUAUGAGGAGAUGCUUCAGAAAGCUAGAUCUCUUAAAGGAGAGACAGAGCAAGUCCCUGAGAUAGAGCCACUCUACGGAGGCAUGGCCAUAGAGGACUACCUCUAUGAGUCCCUAGUGGAGGAGCCUGAAGCUAAACGUAGUUCAGCCCAACCGGAGCAGCCCAGUAAAGACCAUGCUAAAGAACCAGGGAAGAAAGGUUUAAGGUCUCCUGAAGAGGUAUAUGAGGAGAUGAUGCAGAAAAAGAAGGAACUGAUGUUGAUAGAGCAGGAGUUUCAGAGGGCUCAGUCAGCUAUGGACACUCCAAAUCCAGAGAUACAUGUGACUGCACCAUCCAGUGCUGCAGCUAAGAGCUGCAAAGUUGGUGAGGCAGAGGGAGAGAAGCCUAUGUUAGAUGCUGAUUCUACCUACGUUAAGAAAAAGAAACGUCCUGCUCCACCACGGCCCUCUGAACCUCCUAAACGGCCUGAGGUCAAAGUUGCAAAGCCAACAGUUCCUCAGGAUAUGACUAUGAGGAGGGCUCUUUUCCCCAUACCGGACUUGAAAAUCACCCAGUGUUCCUCUGGAGAGGAUGAGACGGACGAUAGUAUAAUAGAGGAGUAUGGAGUGGGAGUGUCCUCUGAUAUUACCCCUAGUGAUGAGUCUGAGACUAAAGAACAGGUAGAGUCCACUCCAGUUUCAGAGCAUACACCAAUAACAGAGGCAGCUGAGAUUGAACCGAUCACUGUAGUGUGUGAGGUUCCCCAGGCGAAAGUUACUCCAGCUCCUGCCUCUGCCGCUGAAACAGUUCUAGCCACCAGUACAACUACCACACCAUCACCAAUCUCUCCAGUAUCACCGCCCACCUCACCAGCGACUCCAGACUCAAGUCUAGCCUCCAAUGCUACGUCCUCCUCCUCUUUCCAAGCUCCAAGUCCUCUCUCCUCCGACUCUACUCCAGUGUCCAUUCCAACACCAGAACUGGCCAAAGCAGCAGCUCCCUUCGCAGCCCAGCCCCCUGCUGAUAUCUCCCCUCCUUCUAUUGCACCCAUUAUGUCUUUUUCUCCAACCACAGUUUUGGUCACAAUUCCAGAUGUGGUGGCAGAUCCAACCCAAGCACCAACACCAGCUACAACUACAGUCCAUGCUAGUGCUCCACCAGCCCAACCCCAAGUCCCUGCCUCAGCCCCAGCCCCUGCCUCAGUGGUGGUGCAGAUACCUGAUCCAGUUGUAGUCCAAAUGCCAGACCUGGUUACAUCUCCAUCCCAGAUGUCUGCUCAGGGUCCACCUUCUGUGCAGGUCAGAGCACCAACUCCAGUACCAAGCCCAGUACCUUCUGAACCCCCAUCUCCAGUCCCAGCUGCUCCCAGUGCAGUGCCAACUCCAGGUCCAGUCUCUGCUCCAACUCCAGCCCCAGCUCCAGUUGUAGUCCAAAUGCCAGACCUGAUUACCAUCACCUCGCCAGUUUCAUCCCAAGCCCCACCACCUGUGUCAGCCUCGGCUACUGCCCAAGCUACAGUGGUGCAUUCAGUCCCUGUCCAGACUGCUGCCCCACCUCCAACCCCAGUAGUAGUCCCAGCCGUAGGGACACGCCGAAUCCAGAGACAAGCCUCCACCAAAAAAGCCCCACCUCCUCCUCCUCCUCGGUCUACAUCAGUCUCCCUGCCCCAGACCUCAGCAGAGCCUACCUCUAUCAGGGCCAUCCAUAAUGUCUCCCCAACCAUGACCACCACUAUAGCCAUGGGAGCAGCUCUGCCUGUCCAGCCCAUACAGUCUGUGGUGGUGGAUGUACAGCCGCGAGUGGAGGACGUCCGGCCAGAAGGGGUUGCUGGCUCUCAGGUCAUGAUGACCCCAACCAGACAGGGGCAUGUGGUCAUCAUAGUCCCCAAUGUGGAGAACAUGUUGGUGCUCAGCCAGAUGACCCAAGACCUUGUGGCAAACUCAGUGGCAAUAACUACCACCUCUGCUGUGGUUGAAGGCAGUAGUCAGAUAGCAGCAAGGCCUGUGGUUGUCAGUGUUGCUCCUUUCUAUACUGCUCCCUCUGUUCCUGCUGUACCCAGCUCAGACACAUAUAUACCUGUGGCAGAUACCCCACCACGUCCUUUGCCCCCUCCACCACCCCCUGCCACUUUACUAAAGCCAGCUGUUUAUCCCAAAAAGCCUUCAGUUUCCAUCCCAUCUUCAGUCCCAACAACAGUGCUGGUCUCAGCUGCUUUGACAAUGGCACAGGCAACUGUAACAACCGCAGGCUCCAGUCCAGUACACAAGGCCUCUGCACCCCCUCCAGUCCCCCCCAAGCCUGUGUCCAUCCCUGCAGGGCUGGUGUUCAGCCACCGACCAGGGGAGAGCGUCAAACCUCCAGUGGUUCCCACCGCCAGCCACACACUUCCCAGGACCAGAGAAGUGGUUCCGAAAGCCAGCUUAGCACAGCCAUUCACAUCCACAACACUGCCCAGGACCAGAGAACCUCCCAAUGCCCUGUCUCUGAGUCUGACCACCCCAGUGGAGUCCAAGAUGAGUGCUACCUCACCCAGGUCCCCUCUUUCUCCAAGGAAUGCCAAGUCUCUGGAGACAUAUGUUGUGAUAACUCUGCCCUCAGAGCCUGGCACACCUACAGAUGGUAUCACUGUCCAAGCCCCCAUCAGAAGAGGGUCCAUCCACUCCUCUAAGCAGACAGGCCCAGGGGUUAGGACCACACCGUCAGAACAGCAGUCACCCAUUGAGCCCUUCUCAGCCCAGGCCACUGUCAGGAGAGCAUCAGUUCCCUCAUUGAGGCAGCCGCCACCACCAACAGCAGCAAUAGUACCAGUCGAAGUAGCAGCACCCCUAGAGGGAGUCACUGUUCAAUCAACAGCAAGGGGGCCUUCCAUACCAUCAGCUAUGCAGCCUCCAUACGGUAUAUCUGAGAUGGUGACAGUUUCAGCAGGGUCGGAGAUGCCUAUUCAGGUACACAAUGUCCCAGCUCCAAUCAAGAAACCGUAUAUACCUCCAACAGCCAAGCCACCGCAGACAGUGUCUGAGGUUAUCACAAUGCCAUUAGAGCCACAUGUUCCUGUAGAAGUGUCUGCAACUCAAGCCUCUGGUAGAAGGGCAUCAAUACCCGCUGUACCUCAAUAUGUGGCUGAAGUAAUGGCUUUACCAGCAGAGCAGGACAUACCUACAGAGGUGGUUUCAACUGAGGCCACGUGUGGAAGAGCAACAAUACCAUCAGAAAUGCAGCAACCACAAACCAUGGCAGAGGUAUCAGCAAUGCCCUUAGAAGCUAUACCCUUGACCAUGCAUCAGUCACCAUCACUAAUAGAGGUCGUUUUCAGAGCAUCAGUACCAUUAGAAAUGCAGCAACCACAAACCAUGGCAGAGGUAAUGCCGUUACAGCAGGAAAUACCUACUGAAGCUAUGGCCACCCGAGUCCAUGUAGAAGCUACACCCUCAACCAUGCAUCAGUCACCAUCUCUGAUAGAGGUGGUUUCAACUGAGGAUAUCUAUAGAAGAGCAUCAAUACCAUUAGAAAUGCAGCAACCACAAACCAUGGCAGAGGUAAUGCCAUUACAGCAGGAGAUACCGUCAAUACGAUCAGCUGCACCACAAUCACAAGCAGUGGCCGAAGUGAUGACUUUGCCUUCAGAGUAUGAAAUCCCUACGGAGGUUAUAACAACUGAGGCCACUACCACUAGAAGGACAUCCAUAUCCUCUGUAGCACAACAACCAUACACAUUUGCUGAAGUAAUCACUUACCCAUCAGAAUAUGAAACACCCAUCCAGGUGGUUACAACUGAGGCUAUUUCCACUACAAGUAGAGCGUCUAUAACCAUGCAGCAGCUUCUAACUAUGGCCCAGGUUAUCACAAUGCCUGCAGAGACAGAGGUACCUCUAGAGGCAUAUGCUGCCCAAGUCCCAUACAGGAGAGGAUCCAUCCCCUCAGCAGUGCAACCACCACAGGAAAUAUCAGAGUUCCUGAGUUACUCAUCAGAGUAUGAUACCCCCCUGGAGGUCAUUACAACUGAAGCCUACACCAGGAGAAUGUCAGUUCCCUCUUGCCAGGAGAUUCCCCAGACUGUCUCCAUGGCUCCAGUCACCAUCACCAGGAAGUUCCACCAGGAGUCGAUAGAGAGCCAGGAAAUCUGUGGGCCUGAGAAGGUGGUGUCCAGCCUGAGCCACGUGUACUCCUCCUCUAUCUCCACCUCAGCCCAGCCCCCGGAGAGCCUUCCCAGCCUGGUCACUCAGGUGGUCACCACCGAGGUUCAGAGAACCACUGUGUCUGUGGUCCAUGAGAGGCUGCCUCAGGUUCCUGCGUCAGACGCAGUGGCCAUCCCUAUCCAGCCAGAACUGGCUAAAGUCCAGCCCUCUCCCAAACAGAACGGGAAGAUCUAUUCCGGUGAUGCCAUUGACCUCCGCACCAUUAAGGCUGGUGUAAAGAUGACCGAUUCAGGGAUGGACUUGACGCCUCAGGAAUCGAGUCGCCAGUCCGUCUGUAGCAACUCUAGUGGCCGACAUACGGCAGUGCAGCCAGAGAUAGUGAACCUGAGUGCUGAGAUCACCCCUUCCACCACGCUGUCUGUUGUCACUGAUAGCAUCACUAUCGUCACCUGUUCAGCCACCAUUGCCUCCUACACCGAGCCAGCAGAAAAGCCUCUAGAUCUGCAGGGUUAUGUUGCUUCUAUGCCUCUCCCUCUCACCACAUACAAACCAUUCGAGCCUCUGGCACAGAUAGUAUACAGGCGGGUAGAUUCUCCGCCUAUCGUCAGUAGGGUGACAGACAAAGAGACACCAAUCAACCUGUCCUAUGGAGCCUCCACAGUAGAUAGCAGGCUUCCAGUGACCAUAGCCCCAGUUAUCAGCAAUGGGGGGACCAUGCUCUCAGAGCUGACAGGGGCCGUGGACCUGUCCACCUCAAGACCCCUUAGGGCCAUGGUGGCUCUGUCCGGCACCAGCCCUGUUGUGGUGACCACUGUCGUAGACGAUGAUGGGAUGCCCAUAGAUCUGACAGCUGGGAGAAAUGUGUGCUGUGACGUCAUCUACAAGCUACCCUUCACAGGGAGCUGUAGGACCCAGCCACCGGUUAUUAGCCAGCCUGACAACCACUUCGGCUACAGAGACGACAACUACCAGUAUGAUCAUGCUGGGGUCUAUGGCAUCAAGGUCUUGAACGGCAAGGCCAUGUCUGAGACCAACCUGGCUGAUGCAGGACACUUCCUCUAUAAUGGAAAGACUGGAUAUGACUAUAACGUAGCCUCGGACAGUGCAAUAGACCUGACAGCUGCUAAAAUAUCAGCAGGUGAAGCUCUAGACUACACUAGUAAAGCUGCUGGGGCGUAUACUGGGAUAUCCACUGCUCCAUAUUCUCAGGUCCCUGCUUAUAGUGUCCUUAGAUCCUCAGACGGUAUGGUAUACUCCUCCAUAGCAGCCCCUGUUCCUUCUACAUAUGCCAUUACCACUCAGCCAGGGUCCAUCUUUAGCACCACAAUACCCCCUACCACCACCCUCCAGGAGCAGCCAGCCCCAGUUCCAUACCCCUACGGCUUCAUCCCCACCACCGACCCUGGCCACCAGAUCAUCAGCCUGGACACUGGCCUGCCCAAGGACCUGCUGCCCAACACUCUGACUGACAUCAUGACUGGCUUCCCUGCCCUGUACUCUGACCAGACCCUGGAGGCAAUCGCAGCCUCUCUGGAGGCCCUGGCCUCGUCGCCCAUGUUCCCCGACCUGGGCGACAGCAAGAUCACCCAGUAUCAGAUGGAGAGGGAGUUCUUGCAGCUGGAGAAGCUGAAGCAACUGUGUCUGGCAGAGGAGCUGGAGUGGGAGAGGCAGGAGAUCCAACGCUACCGCGAGCAGGAGCAGAUCAUGGUGCAGAGGGAGCUGGAGGAGCUACAGGCUCUGAAACAGAAGCUGUUAAUGCAACAGGAAGAGGAGCACCAGGCGCACCUUGUAGCACAGCAGGAGACCUACAACCAGCAGAGGGAACAGCUAGAACAGAUCCAACAGCUCCAGGUGCAGCUACAGCACCAGCUAGAGGAGCACUACGGUACCAUAGGAUCCUCAGACAACCUGCUAGAGGCACAGUAUGCAGGGGUGGGGGAUAACGGUCAAUACUGGCCUGUUAGGGAUGAGUCCACCACCUCAUCCACUGUCACCCAGCUAAUGGGUGGGGUGCAGUAUGUGACCAGUGAGGGUCAGAGAGAGGGUGGAGGUCAGGACCAGCUGCAGCUCAGUAGGAAACAGCCAGCAGGGUCUAAGCAGCCUGGUGACCAGGGGUAUGGUACAGGGGUGGUAGGGAAGAGGAUAGUGGACAGUGGGGUCCAGACAGACGAUGAGGACUCAGUAGACAGGACAUAUGUGGGGAGGAGGAAGAGGAACAACAGGAGGGGUGUAGACAGCAGUGUUCAGACUGAUGAUGAGGAGGACCAGGAGGAUGAGUGGGACAUGCCAACCAGGUCACGGCGGCGCUCCCGCUCCAGCAAGCACAGCGGCGAGGGAAAACACGGUGGCGCUAAGGUCUCCAGCAUCGCCAUCCAGACUGUGGCAGAGAUCUCUGUCCAGACCGACCACUCUGGGAGCAUCAAAUGCCCCGGCAUCCAGAUCGACACUAAGGUGGAGAUCAUCAAACACAUCUCAGCCCCAGAGAACUCUCAGAGAGGAGGCAGCCUCAGCUGCCAGACAGACACGGACCCCAGGCGCCACUCGCCCGUAGAGGUGGGCUACAGCGCCUACCUGAAGGCAGACCUUGCCCCCAAGUCCCCCAAGGUGCUUUACUCUCCCGUGUCCCCCCUGUCCCCGAGUAAGGCCAUGGAGGGAGGGCAGAAGAGGCUGACCACUGACCCAUCCAGGUUUUCCUCCGGCCCUAGGAUGCUGAAGCCUGGAAAGAAGUCUCUGCCUGACACCAAGUCUCUCAGCCCCACCACCGAGGACAGGAUAGGCUACCACUACUCAAACAGCUACUCUGGCCAGGGCUCUCCAUCAGGCACUGGAAAGAAGGUGAAGAGGACCCUUCCCAACCCUCCCCCGGAGGAUGACCCUCUGACUGGCCCGUCAGGCUACAGCACCAACUCAGCGCGCCGACGGCUCGGCCGUCACACCACCAUGGCCCGGGCCAAGAUCCUGCAGGACAUCGACAAGGAGCUGGAUCUGGUGGAGAGAGAGUCAUCCAAGCUCCGCAGGAAACAGGCCGAGCUAGACGAGGAGGAGAAGGAGAUUGAUGCCAAGCUGAGGUACCUGGAGAUGGGCAUCAACCGUCGUAAGGAUGCCCUGCUGCAGGAGAGGGAGAAGAGGGAGAGGGCCUACCUGCAGGGUGUGGCUGAGGAGAGAGACUACAUGUCGGACAGUGAGGUCAGCAACAUCAGGGAGACCAGAGGGAGCAGCCACGGCCUGGAGAGACCCAGGACAGCUCCCCAGUCAGAGUUCGACCAGUUCAUUCCCCCUCAAACUGAGGCUGACUCCCAGUACUCCACUCUGACCAGUCCCUACUCCCACUACGCCCAGUAUAUCCCCCAGACCCAGGCCACCAGCCACUACCCCCAGCAGACCCUGUACCAGCAGCACCCCUACCAGAGUCAGUCAGUCUACUCCUCUGUGCCCAGCCUGUCCUACCCCCAGGCCUCCCACUCCCACCAGCAGACCCAGUCCUCAGGCUACCAGUCCAAGAACACCACCAACUACGAGGUGAUCCGGAACCAGCCUAUGAUCAUCGUACCCUCCUCCAGCGAGGGGGGGUAUGGCGUGGGGAAGUACGGCAGCCUGGAACUGAGGAUGGGCCUGGAGGAGAGGAGCAUGGCCUCCAGCCCCAUGUCUAGUAUAUCUGCUGAGUCUUUCUACGCUGACAUCGACCACCACAAUGCCAGGAACUAUGUUCUGAUAGAGGACAUAGAGCAGCUGACUAAAGGCUCUACAGUGCUGGGCUCUGCAGGGCUGGGCUCAGGGUUCAGUCUGCCUGUUAAGGACCUGUCUAAGGCUGACAGGCUGCUCCGGGCUGCUGAGGCCAGGCGCACUGCAGAGGUUGCAGAGUUCCUUGGUAACUCGCGUUUGCAUAGCUACGGUAAAGGAGAGGAGGACUCUAUGGAGGAGCCCUAUGAGCUGAAGCUCCUGAAGCAACAGAUAAAGCAGGAGUUUAGACGAGGGACAGAGGGUCUGGAGCACCUCUCAGGCCUGGGCAUGCCCCAGUACCUUCCCACUGACCCCAGCUACAGACACUUCCCUAAGGCUGACAAGUACAGCAUCAGCCGGCUGACUCUGGAGAAACAAGCUGCUAAGCAGCUCCCUGCCGCUGUGCUCUACCAGAAACAGAUAAAGAACCAGAAAAAGGCAGCCCUGUUGGACCCCAAGAUAACCAAGUUCUCCUCCAUCCAGGAGAGCAGAGUCCUGGAGCCGGACUACAGCAGCUUCCUGGGCUCUGGAGCCUCGUCUGUCACCAACCUGUCCACGCGAGCCAGACUGCUCCAGGAUGAGAUCACCUUUGGCCUGAGGAAGAACCUGUCUGAGCAGCAGAAGUUUCUGGACUCCUCCCUGGGAUCUAACCUGGCUGGCUCUGUGGGCCAGAACCUGGGCCAGUCCCUUGACCUGGAGGGACCCACCAUGAGGUCUACCCUACAGGACGACACCACCUACCCCAGCAGCACGCGCUCUCGCCCCUCCUCCCGACCCAACUCCCGCCCCACUUCCGUCUAUGGCCUGGAUCUGUCCAUCAAACGGGACCUGUCCAGCUCCUCUCUCAGGCUGAAGAGCGAGGGAGAGGCAUUGGACGCAGCGUUCGGCUCGGGGGUGGCCAGGACCAAGCCCACCAGCCUGCCUAUCAGCCAGAGCCGCGGGCGCAUCCCCAUCGUGGCCCAGAACUCAGAGGAGGAGAGCCCUCUGAGCCCUGUGGGAGAGCCCAUGGGCAUGGCCAGAGCCUCAGCCGGCCCUCUACCCCCCAUCUCAGCUGACUCCAGAGACCAGUUUGGCUCAAGCCACUCCCUGCCGGAGGUCCAGCAGCACAUGAGGGAGGAGUCCAGGGCUACACGGGGAAAUAGUGGGGUCUACGACAGAGACAUAGCCUUCAUCAUGGACGACCUGGGGGGAGCCAUGUCUGACAGCGAAGCCCUAACUGACUCCAUGCUGACACUGAACAGAGAUGAUCCCAGAAUCUUUCAUGAGAGUAUCAGACACGCCGGAGGCCCCAACUGGAACAUAGAAGCGUACCACCUGAGGAGGGAGGACACUGACUGGUUUGAUAAGCCUGCAGAGAGACAACAUCGGGAAAACGGACAGCCUCUGGACAGGAGACAGAUUAAGCUGAUUCCCUAUGUGUUCCCUCACACCCGGCUCAAACUGCAGAGAGACCCCAAGGACACCAGUGUCUCAGGGAAUGGCCUGGGGAUCCGUGUGGUGGGAGGAAAGGAGAUUCCUGGGAGUCGUGGCGAGAUAGGAGCCUACAUGGCCAAGGUUACGCCCGGAGGAGUGGCCGAACAGACAGGGAAAGUGGUGGAAGGAAUGCAGGUGUUGGAGUGGAACGGGGUUCCUCUGAUGGGGAAGACUUACGAGGAGGUGCAGUGCAUUAUGGGUCAGCCGUGUGCAGAGACUGACCUCUGUGUGAGACUUGACCUGAACAUGCUGUCUGACCCUGAGCAUCCCCAGGCCCUGGAGAACCAUGCCCAGCUGAAGCCUGGUGACAGGCAGUGUUCGCCAGGAGUGGACCCUAAGCAGCUGGCUGCAGAGCUGCAGAAGGUUUCCCAACAGCAGGCCCCUGGGAUGGGGAUGGGGGUAGGAAUGGGGGUGGGGGGGCCAGGAGGAGUAGGGGUCCUCUCUGCCCUGGACCGCUCAGCUCUGUUACACUCAGGCAAUGCAUCGGCCAGCUCUAGUGCUGUCCCCAGCCCCGGCCAGCCUGCCUCCCCAGCCAUCAACAAGAAACAACGCCACAGCGCCAAGUCGGCAGCAGAUGUUCAAGUGCUAAAGCCUCAGCCUCAUCCUAUAACAGGAGAAAUACAGCUCCAGAUCAACUACGACAGGAACCUGGGGAACCUGAUAGUGCAUGUCCUCCAGGCCAGGAACCUGGCUCAGAGAGACCCCAACAGAUACUCUGACCCCUUCGUCAAGGUCUACCUCCUACCAGGGAGAGGACAAGUCAUGGUAGUCCAGAACGCAAGUGCUGAGAACAAGAGGAGGACCAAGCACGUCCAGAGGAGUCUGAACCCAGAGUGGAACCAGACCGUCAUCUACAAGAACAUACACCUGGAACAGCUGAAGAAGAAGACUCUGGAGGUGACAGUUUGGGAUUAUGACAAAUCUUCCUCCAAUGACUUCCUGGGUGAAGUGUUGAUAGAUCUGUCUAACACAUCCCAGCUGGACAACACUCCUCGCUGGCUGUCUCUGAAGGAGCAGAGUGAGAGCAUUGAGCAUAGCAGAGCUCACCACACCGCCCAGGGGCCUGGGGGGCCAGGAGCAGGGGCAGGGCCGGGACAGGGGCCCAUAGCGGGGCAAGGACCAGGCAAGGACAUGGGGCCAGGGAUAGGACAAGGACAAGGCCUAAUGCAAGGACAGGGACAGGGGAAGGGGCAGGGGCAGAUGGAGGAGUGCCAUGAGUCCCCCAAGAACUCUGUGAUAAAGAGCAGAAGCCACGGGAUCUUCCCUGACCCAGCAAAAGACAUACAGAUGGUGACUCUAGAGAAGUCCCACAGUAGUCCCGGCAGCUCUAAGUCAUCGUCAGACGGCCAGCUUCCUUCUCACGGUCCGUCCCGCAGCCAGAGCAAGAGCAGCGUCACGCAGGCCCACCUGGAGGAUGCCGGGAUAGCUAUAGCUGCCGCCGAGGCCGCUGUGCAACAAGCCCGCCUCCAACCAAGACCAGGCCACAGGUUGGGAGAUGUGUCGGGGCCGGUGGUGUCCUCAGCCCCCAAUCUGGUGGAGGGGUAUGGGGGUCUGGAUGGAGAAGGGGGGGCUGGCACAGGGGUCGACAGCGCCAUUUUCCAGGUCCCACGCAUGGGGAAGACCAUCCCCAACAGCACUGACAAGGCUAGAGGACUGCCACUCUCGCUAUCAGACAAUGAGGGGGGUGGGGGUAAGACCCAGAUGAUGGGGGAGAUCAAGGUGGCCCUGAAGAAGGAGGUGAAACAAGAGGGAGACCAGCUGGUCCUGGAGGUCCUACAGUGUAGAAACAUCACUUACAAGUUCAAGAGCCCAGACCACCUACCAGAUCUCUAUGUGAAGCUGUACGUGGUGAACGUGGCGACUCAGAAGAGGAUCAUCAAGAAGAAGACCAGAGUGUGUCGUCACGACAGAGAACCCUCCUUCAACGAGACCUUUAGGUUCAGCCUCAACCCCACCGGACACUCCCUGCAGUUGUUCCUGGUGUCUAACGGGGGUAAGUUUAUGAAGAAGACCCUGAUAGGAGAGGCCUACAUCUGGCUGGACAAGGUGGACAUGAGGAAGAGGGUGGUCAGCUGGCACAAGCUGCUGGUCAAUUCCACACACAACCAGUCCUGAGAGUUCAACUUGAGGGCACAGAGAGGUCAACCAGAGGUCAGUGAAGG